AGUUUAUUCUUGUGUCUCCGAGGAGGGGUGGGAGAACGUUGCAAGCGUUGUUCAAAAAUAACUCACAAAGAUCUGAAUCUCAGAGCGUGCCAAGCACUUUUGUUGGAGUAUAAUACAGUCUUCGGAUGCCUUCUGGGAUAUGGUGGUUGCAUUUCCCCUGCCAGCCCCACGGGGUUAGGUACCAUUCCUCCACCCCGGGGACUCGGGAGAGAGCUCAGAUGCUGACUUUGGGAGUUCCUUUUAUGCUUUCCUUCUAUGGAGAGCUGCUCAUGGUCGGGCUCCUCUAGGCUCAUCUGACACCCUCCCCUCCUACCUCCCACCCCCAACCACCACCCUGUGACUUUCCCAGAGCCCGUCUGCUCAUUGCAGAGAAGAAGCAAGAAGAAACCUCGCUUUUCCACAAGUCUCUGCCUCUUCACUCCCCCUCCUUACUUCCCCCCCUCCCCAUUACCGUCACCCCUCCUCCGCCCCCGCCUCCGCCUCCUCCUUCUACUCUGCAAUCAGGGGAAUAAAUCAGGGAAGGAAACCGAGAGAGGGAGAGAGGAGACAGAAAAGAGAGUGCUAGCCGAGAUCUGUUACAAAAGUAACCCUGAUGGCGGCUGAUCAGAUGAAGCUGCUGUAGGGAGUAGCAGUCAGAGUCUAGUGUGUUUUUCUCUUGCCACGGUCCCUCAUUCUAGAUCUCGAUUUUGUUCUCCCUACCUCCCCCACCGAGCCCCUCCCCAUCUCUGGCACCUUGCUUGCGUUAUCUCCAGGCGUCUUUCUUUGCAGUGUGUGCACUGGUGUUUUGCCUUUUCUCCCCCCUCUUCCUCCCGGUUUGUUCCAUUAUCAUUUUUAUUUUUUCCCCCUGAGUUGGGGAGGGAGUGAGAAGCGGGGGGGGAAGAGAGAGAAUCGAUCUUCUAUCCCGAAGAUGGCUGCUGGCUGGCUGCUAGUCUUUAGUCUGACACUUUUCCAAUCUUUGCUGAUCAACCCUUCAUCGGAAGAACCUUUUCCUUCGGCAGUCACCAUUAAGUCAUGGGUGGAUAAGAUGCAAGAUGAACUUGUCACACUGGCAAGGACAGCAAGUGGAGUGACUCAACUUCGAGAUAUAUAUGUGAAAUACAAGGACUUGUAUACCGUGGAACCCAACAAUGCACGUCAGCUAGUGGAAAUCGCAGCUAGGGACAUUGAAAAACUACUAAGCAACAGAUCCAAAGCCCUGGUGCGCCUGGCUACCAAAGCAGAAAAAUUUCAAGCAGCCCAUCAAUGGCGGGAUGAUUUUGGGAGUAAUGAAGUUGUCUACUACAAUGCAAAAGAUGAUUUCAAUGAGUUUGAAAGAAAUGAGAGUGAGCCAGACAGCCAGAGAAUCAAACCUGUUUUUGUUGAAGAUGCCGUCUUUCGAAGACAAACAUCCUACCAGCAUGCUGCGGUCCACAUUCCCACUGACAUAUAUGAGGGCUCCACAAUUGUAUUGAAUGAACUCAACUGGACAAGUGCCUUAGAUGAAGUUUUCAAAAAAAAUCGAGAUGAAGACCCUACUUUAUUGUGGCAGGUGUUUGGCAGUGCCACGGGUCUAGCCAGAUAUUAUCCAGCUUCUCCAUGGGUUGAUAAAACACGAACACCAAACAAGAUUGAUCUCUAUGAUGUACGCAGAAGGCCAUGGUAUAUACAAGGAGCUGCAUCUCCCAAAGAUAUGCUUAUUCUAGUUGACGUGAGUGGAAGUGUCAGUGGAUUGACUCUGAGGCUCAUUCGUACUUCUGUCUCUGAGAUGUUGGAAACCCUUUCUGAUGAUGAUUUUGUGAAUGUAGCUUCAUUUAACAGCAAUGCCCAGGAUGUGAGCUGCUUUCAACAUCUUGUCCAAGCUAACGUAAGAAACAAGAAAGUGCUGAAAGAUGCUGUGAACAACAUCUCUGCUAAAGGCAUCACAGAUUAUAAAAAGGGCUUUAGUUUUGCUUUUGAGCAGCUGCUAAAUUACAAUGUUUCUAGAGCCAAUUGUAAUAAGAUCAUCAUGCUGUUUACGGAUGGAGGUGAAGAGAGAGCACAAGAGAUUUUCACCAAAUAUAACAAAGACAAAAAAGUUCGUGUGUUCACAUUUUCAGUUGGUCAGCAUAAUUAUGACAGAGGACCAAUACAGUGGAUGGCCUGUGAAAACAAAGGUUAUUAUUAUGAAAUUCCUUCCAUUGGAGCUAUCAGGAUCAAUACUCAGGAAUAUUUGGAUGUCCUGGGAAGACCAAUGGUUCUGGCAGGAGAUAAAGCCAAGCAAGUCCAGUGGACCAAUGUAUACUUGGAUGCACUGGAACUAGGCCUUGUCAUUACGGGAACACUUCCUGUCUUCAACCUAACAGGCCAAGAGGAAAAUAAAGGCAACAUAAAGAAUCAGCUGAUUCUUGGUGUAAUGGGAGUUGAUGUGUCUUUGGAAGAUAUCAAAAGACUUACACCACGCUUUACGCUCUGUCCAAAUGGUUAUUAUUUUGCAAUUGAUCCUAAUGGCUAUGUGUUGCUACAUCCUAAUCUUCAGCCAAAGCCUAUUGGUGUAGGUAUACCAACAGUUAAUUUAAGAAAAAGAAGGCCCCAUGUACAGAAUCCUAAAUCUCAGGAGCCUGUCACCUUGGAUUUCCUGGAUGCUGAACUGGAGAAUGAUAUUAAAGUGGAGAUUAGAAAUAAAAUGAUAGAUGGAGAGAGUGGAGAAAAGACAUUUAGAACACUGGUUAAAUCUCAAGAUGAGCGCUAUAUUGACAAAGGAAAUAGGACAUAUACAUGGACUCCUGUCAAUGGCACAGAUUACAGUUUGGCCUUGGUAUUACCAACCUACAGUUUUUACUAUAUAAAAGCCAAAAUAGAAGAGACAAUAACUCAGGCCAGAUCAAAAAAAGUCAAAGUGAAGGAUUCAGAAACACUGAAACCUGAACACUUUGAAGAAUCUGGAUAUACUUUUAUAGCACCAAGAGAAUAUUGUAAUGACUUAAAACCAUCAGAAAACAACACUGAAUUUCUCUUAAAUUUCAAUGAGUUCAUUGACCGUAAAACACCAAACAACCCAUCAUGUAAUGUGGAUAUGAUCAACAGAGUAUUGCUAGAUGCUGGCUUCACAAAUGAGCUUGUCCAAAACCACUGGAGUAAGCAGAAAAACCUCAAGGGAGUAAAAGCUCGUUUUGUUGUGACCGAUGGUGGAAUUACCAGAGUAUACCCCAAAGAGGCUGGAGAAGAUUGGCAAGAAAAUCCAGAAACAUAUGAAGAUAGUUUCUAUAAACGGAGUCUGGAUAAUGACAACUAUAUUUUCACUGCUCCCUACUUUAACAAAAGUGGAUCAAGCUCCUAUGAAUCAGGAAUUAUGGUGAGCAAGGCUGUGGAGAUAUACAUUGAUGGAAAACUCCUCAAACCUGCAGUCGUUGGAAUAAAAAUAGAUGUUGGCACCUGGAUAGAGAAUUUCACCAAGGCCUCAAUAAGAGAUCCGUGUGCUGGUCCAGUUUGUGACUGCAAAAGAAACAGUGAUGUAAUGGAUUGUGUAAUUCUAGAUGAUGGUGGGUUCCUUUUAAUGUCAAAUCAUGAUGAAGAUACUAACCAGAUUGGGAGAUUCUUUGGAGAGAUUGAUCCAAGCUUGAUGAGACACCUCAUUAAUGUGUCUGUAUAUGCCUUUAAUAAAUCUUAUGAUUAUCAAUCUGUUUGUGACCCUGGUAGUUCACCAAAACAAGGAGCAGGAAAUCGUUCAUCAUAUGUGCCAUCGAUAGCAGAUAUUUUGCACAUAGGUUGGUGGGCCACUGCUGCUGCAUGGUCUAUCCUACAGCAGUUGAUUUUGAGUCUGACUUUUCCAAGGCUUCUUGAGGCGGUGGACGUGGAUGAUGAUGAUUUUUCUACUGUGCUAUCAAAGCAGAGCUGCAUUACUGAACAAACUCAAUAUUUCUUUGACAAUGAUAGUAAAUCAUUUAGUGGGGUAUUGGACUGUGGAAACUGUUCCAGAAUAUUUCAUGUAGAAAAGCUUAUGAAUACCAACUUAAUAUUCAUAAUUGUUGAUGGCAAGGGGACAUGUCCUUGUGAUACACGGGUACUAAUCCAAGCUGAACAGACUUCUGAUGGGCCAGAUCCUUGUGACAUGGUUAAGCAACCGAGAUAUAGAAAAGGACCUGAUGUAUGCUUCGAUAACAAUUUGACGGAAGAUUAUUCAGAUUGUGGUGGGGUUUCUGGAUUGAACCCGUCGUUGUGGUCUAUGAUAGGAAUCCAGUUUGCACUGCUUUGGCUGUUGUCUGGCAGUAGACAUUGCCAGUUAUGACCUUAUGAAACCCAAAUCUGCAUAACUGAUCUCAAGACCCUGCCAAAACAUGAGCCCUGUUUAAUUACAAAAGGGUCAAUUACUCAGACAGCAGAAAAUCAGCUGUUCUCAAAACAACAUGGUAUAACUAUGUGAAAGACUCAUUAGGCACCCACAAUGGCUGCAUGUUGGAGUGUCAGACCCUUAAACUUGUGUGAAUGCUGCAUCAUCUUUGCUGUCAAAGCAGAAUCCUAUAUGUACUUUACUGAGGAAUUCAAUAUUUUUGUUGUUGUUGUUGGAUCACUGAUGACUUCAUGUAAAAGGGCUCCCCCUUUAAAAUGGAUUCUUACUCAUAUCAGUUCUCCACAUUUUGACCUGAAUAUCAGCUCAUUGUGCUCCCUUUUAUUUUACUGAGAUUUCCAGGAAUCAAAUUUAUUUUGCUUUGCUAUUUGACUCUAUUAAAAGUUUGAGUAUCAGUUGGGUUGAAAACAAAAUCAGAGAUAAUGAUAAAUGGCCAAAUGAUGUAAAUAGUAAUACUGGCUAGUCUUUGUCAAAAGUUCACCACGAAUGAAAUGCCUUAUGAAGAGUGGCUUAUUCUGCCAAAAAUAUAUUUGAAAAAAUGGGUGACCAGCUAAGUUUGGGGUGGGGGGGGGGGGGACUGGUUGGUUUUAAACUGUUGGUUUAAGUAUAACAACUAUCAAAAUACUAAACUAAAGGUGCUUGAGGGUUAGCUAUUUUAGCCAUCUAACAUAUUUUCCUGAUAAAUAUCAUCCCUUUAAAAAGAAAGUUCAAAUUAAUGUUCCCUCUGUUCACAGUAUAGCUGUGUAAUGCUAGCCAAAUCUUUCAAAGUCCUCUAAGAGAUGGGAGGGCUAGUGGUUGAGAUGUGAAGGGAAAAAUCUUUUUUGUGAUGACUGAAAUUUGGCUACCAAGGGUAUUUUGCAUGAUGCUGCUAUUUUUUGGUUGUUUCUUUCUUUUCUUCUACUGUAGUGUGUAGUCGAUUUUUAAGGUAACUGUGUGGUAUUACUAUUAAGAGAAACUGAAAUUUGCAGUUAUGAUGCACUUAAAUAAUCUUACGUGAUCUGGUUAAAUAAAGAUAUCUGAAUAUACUGUGAAAUGAAAAUGUAGAAAGACUGGACUGCAGUGAAGAAUAUGGAGAAAUGGAAUUUUAUACAGAUUAGUGCUUUUGCCUGAAAACCUGUGUACAGAUAUUUUAAGUAUAUAAAUCAGAUUUGACACGUUUAUUUUUAAAGAGCACAUAUAUGUUCUCAAUGAAGAUUCAUACCAGGUUUCCUCUCUGUUCAAUUAAGCAUUAGCACCUGCAUUUUUUAAAAGUUCUUUUGCUGUUUUUCAUUAAAAAACGGUCAGGUCAACUGAGCAAAAUUUCCACCCAGUUCAAUGAGAUAUUACAGUAAUCUGAACAAACAGGAAACCUUGAAUCUAAAUGUAUGCACAUUAAUACUUGAUUGUGAAUAAUAAAAAUUGCUUUUUUUAUACUUCAUUCGUGAAACUGAUUGGUGCAGGAGAUCAUGAUAUUGCACUGUAGUAUAGUAUAGAAGUAGAACAGUGUGCUUGUUUUUGGUUUUCAAGCCUAAACAGUAUUGUGAGAGAUAAAUCGAUGAAUGUACAACUCUGGUGAUCUAUAAUUUUAUUGUAGCUAAAAGCUACAAUCUGCAAAUGUUUAUAUGAAACACAUUAGUUCAUAAAAGCAGAAAAACACCAUGCAAAAUAUCUGUGUGUAUAUAUAUACAUGUAUGUAUGUAUAUACAUAUGUUAGGAAAGUAUUCCUGUAUAUUUUUUUUUACAAUAUCAAAAUUUUACUGAAGUUGUCCCGCAUGCUUGACUAUCAUAUCAUAUAUCAAAGAGCAAAACCAACCCCAUGGCAUGGCUUAAAGGUGUUUUUUUCCUUUUUUGUUUUGGUUUGUGGUUUUUGGUGUUGUCAAAUAUCAUUUGUGACUCUCCUUUAUACCCUUGGUUCCAAUUGUGUCUGUUCCCUUAUUUAUUUAUUUAUUUUCAAAAAAGGGGGAAAUUUCCGGUUUGGGUUGUCAUAACUGAUAUUAAUUUACACUUUUAAUUCAUCAUUUUGAUAGUGGUGGGCCCAUUUAUACCUGGUGUGACAAUAAAGUUUUAUCUCCCUUACCUUAAGUAAAAUGAUGCUGAUUAAACAUACACACACACACACACACACACACACACACACACAUAUACAUCCAUCACACAUCCAUCACACCACCACCACCACCACAACAAAAGGAAAUCCCACAAAAGAGAGAAGUAUUGAGGAUGUUAUAUAUUCUAGGUAAAAUUUAUUACUUUCUUCAAAUGUUUUAAAUAUGUUUUAUGAUCGACUAAAACCCUCAGGUAAAACUAAUUUGUUCCCCUAUUGAUUUUCUGGUUUGGAGAAUGUCAAAGUUCACGAUGCUAAACCAACAUGCUUAAACUACUUAAGUUAUAUAUUUUAGCUAAAAUAUAUAAAUACUGGUAUUGAAUCUUUGCUAAACUGUCAAGUCAGUGGCAAGUUUCGAUGUUGGGAAAUUAUAACAAGGACUCCCCUAGAUGAUAUAUUUAAAUAAUAAAUAUUUAAAUUAUGUAAUUACUUCCAACAUAGAAUACUCUCUUGAAAAAUGUUUUAAAAUACCAUUUUCAGUAAGUGAUGGAAUCUUUUUCAUGGGAUUCAUUCUUUAUUGAACUAAUUACAAUUAAACUUGGUAUCCUAUUCCAUUUCUAUUGGCAUAAAAACAUUUUAGUGCAUGAGCAGCUCAUUUCUGUUAGGAAAAAAGUAUAUAAUCUAUAAACCAUAUGCAUGGUGAUAAAUUUCAUAAGCAAAGUUUCUCUGACUGAAAAAUGUCCUUGUGACUGCUGUUAGUUUUAAAUCUCCUAGCAUACUUUUCUAAGGAAAAAAAAACCCAUUCCUUCAAAUUACAACGUGUAAAAGUUGAUAUUUUCCUGUGAGUUUUGAUUGUUGGCGAUGAUUUAAUAAAUGUAUAUUAUCAAUAUUUGUUUCCAAAGUAUUUAAAAAACACCAAGAGAUGAUGAAAAGCUUUGAAUAUAUUUGAUUUACACCUUAGUCAUGCAACAUUCUGUAGAUUUUUCGCUAAACCAAAAUUAAAAAAAAACACCAAUCCUUGCAUUGGUGUUAAGUAAUCAGUAAAGGAUUUAACAUUAAUGGCUCCUUUCUAGUUUCUUCAUUUGAACAACCAGCAUUACUGCCAAAACACCAAUCGUGGUCCAUAUUUGUAACAGGUUUUUAACAUGACAUAGUUAGCAAGUUUGAUUGAAGAGAUUUUUAGGUCCUGGACUUAUGAGAUUUUAGUAUGACCUUUUUCAUGUUUCUAAUGCUUGAGGCUUUAUUGCUUAACUUGGAGAAAAAAAACACCACAGUGUUGCUGCCAUUUGUAAGUUUUCCUAUAAUAUUCCUUUUAUUAACUCUAAACCGGCCUUACUGGAUUCAAAUAGGCAGUAUCCCUUUUAAGUGACCUUUGCAACCCAAGUGUUACUUGCUGUUUGAUGCUUUCACUAUGUUAUAAAUAACAUUCAAACUUUUGUCCCCUUACACCAAAGCUUAACUUUUGUCUUAAUAUCAAAUUCUUACCCAUUGGUCCUGUGAGUUAAGAAGCUCAACUUGCUAGAAUUAUAGAGAAUUGACAUAGUGGGCCACUAGAGAAUGUUUGUGAUGCUUUUAAAAAGUAUACUAGAAGGACUAGCAACCCAAGUUUGCUCUAAUCUCCAUCUUCUAUUCAGGGCCGAAAUAAAGGCCAAGCUUUAUUUUUACCCCAAUAUUAGAAUGUUAAUAUUGUUAAUAGUCAGUGUACACUACUGUAAACAAAUAAACAAAAUAUGACAAAAGUGUCUGAAAAUAAAUCCAGAAUUCCAACAGCAUUAACCUACUCUCAACAAGGACUUAUAUUUGCAUUGUUUCUUGUUCAAAUAAUCAUCUCAAACAAACUUCACUGAGGCUUAAAGAAUAUACUGUCUUGUUUAGAUGCCAACUGAACUUACAAUGUGACCUGAUUAAACUGUCUUCUAUGUUGUGUUAUAUGGAAUGUCUGGAUCAUGCUUUUGGGGAUGUUUUUAUUGAAAUGCUCAGUGUGUAUCCAUUUAAAAAAAAAAAAAGGCCCUGGCUUGCUCUUGCUGGGUAACAGGCCUUUUCUCCCUUUUAUUGUGUUCUCUUGACACUUUUGUGGAACUUGACAAGCCUGAAAAAAAAUUUUGUAAAAAUUUGUAUAAUACUGUUAUAAAAAGUUUAUAAUCCUAGAAAAUGUUGUGUUAAUUCUUGUGCAAAAAAACCAGUAUAUUCAGAAUAAAAAUUUAUCAUUUGAAACCA